AUGGGCCAGAGCACUCGCAGCCCAGAUGAACCGACGAAAGUACCUCCAGCUACAGCUCUGACGCAUCCUUCUUACGACUCAGCCCUGCCCUUCCCCCCAACCCCUCACCAAAGAAAGGCUCCUCGAUCUAUACCCACUCCCAGCAUCGCUUCUACCGUCGGUGAUGCAGCCAGCUCUCCCUCCGUUCCACAAAGCGUAACCUCAGAGACAAGCUUCCACACAACCUUCCAGAGCCCUCCUCCAUUACCCAAAAUUAACCUGGUGAAUUCCAGCGUCUACUUCCCUUCUCCUCCCUCGGGCCAAUCCUCGCCUUUCACGCCUCCUGCAGUACCGUUCAAGCAUCGCCGUCAUUCUUCACGCCUGUCACAUACUCCAUCCAUGCCGUCCGUUAGGGAGAGUCUUCGAAACCGAGCCAACACCACUGCUAUCUACGAUGACAACGACGAUUGUGAAAAGGACAUCGAGACGAAUCCUGAUAUUCCCAUCUGGGCUCUCGGCUGGAACAGCGAAGCCACCGGCGUUGCCAUCGUCCAUUAA